CUGUUUCUGUAAAUGUGCAUUAUAAGGGACUGAUUAACUGAGCUGCGUGUGUGUGAGAGACCAACAUCGUUAUAUUGUAAGUAGAGCAGAGGAAGGUGGAGGAGGAGGAACAGACUGAAAACACGGACUACAUAAGGAAAGCAUGGAAUACUUCAUGAUGCCGACAGAGAAGAUCCCGUCCUUACAUCAGUUCAAGAAGACGGAGAAGGAUGUGAUCGGCGGGCUCUGCAGUCUGGCUAACAUCCCCCUCAGUCCGGAGACGGCUCAGGACCAGGAGAGGAGAAUCCGCCGUGAGAUUGCCAACAGCAACGAGCGCCGGCGCAUGCAGAGCAUCAACGCGGGCUUCCAGUCCCUGAAAACACUCCUGCCCCACACAGACGGAGAGAAGCUCAGCAAGGCCGCCAUCCUGCAGCAGACGUCAGACUACAUCUUCGCCUUGGAGCAGGAGAAGACGCAGCUCCUGGCUCAGAACAACCAGCUCAAACGCUUCAUCCAGGAGUUUAGCGGCUCCUCCCCAAAGAGGAGGCGAGCGGAAGACAAGGACGAAGGCAUCGGGUCUCCAGACACGCUGGAGGAGGAGAAGGUGGAGGAGCUGAGGAGGGAGAUGUUGGAGCUGAGGCAGCAGCUGGAUAAGGAGCGCUCGGCACGUAUGCAGCUGGAGGAACAGGUUCGUUCUCUGGACACCCAGCUGCACCCCGAGCGUCUGAAGGUGAUCACCCAGCAGGUGGAGGAGGAGCAGGCUCUCCUGCAGAGCCAGACGCUGUUACGGCUGCAGCAGAUCCACGCCGCUGACAGACAACCACACAGUCCGAAGGUGUUGGCCCCACCCACUCCUCCUGCACCAACCCACCACCCCACAGUGAUCGUCCCAGCCCCUACACAGCACCCCCACCAUCACGUCACCGUGGUAACCAUGAGCCCGUCUGCCCACACCAGCACUGUGUCCACGUCCAGACAGAACCUGGACACCAUCGUGCAGGCCAUCCAGCACAUCGAGCGCACUCAGGAGAGGAGAGCGAGCGCCGAGGAUGAGCAGAGGCGAGCGGUCAUCGUCAGCCCCGCCCACGUGGCCAUGGACACGGCCUGCUCGGACACAGACACCGACACAGAGGGGGAGGACUGCUCGAUGAACUGAUCGGCCCCCAAGAGCGCACACACUCACACACGCAAACACUUAAAAAACUCCAGACCCCUCCUCACUGUAAGAUUCCCUCCAGGAGCUCGACUACUUACCACAAACACAAAUCUUCUUCGGCAUUAUCCAAACUCUCCCAUCCAGCGGUGAAGCUCUGCGUCCGCCUCGUAUGGUCAGAUCUCUGAGGACUCGGGGGCGAGGGUGAUCAGCGUGCCAGCGAGACCCCGUGGGGUCCGAGCCGGUCUGUGGCGAGCAGAAACCUUGAGGGACUCCUCGAGUCAGAAGCUCUCCACAUCAGUCCGUCCAACACGUGUUUUUCAUGUUUGCUUCAUACGGCCGCAGUGUGACGCCGGCACGCUGACCCCGACACGCUGACAUUUUCUCCGUGCUACACGUUGACGGAGAGUUGAAUGUAGAAACACGAUAAUCAAGCAGCUCUUCUUCGACGGGAUGUGACCGUCACUUGUUCCUUGCCCAGUCUUAAUUAGUUUAUAUCUGCAUCCUGAUUGGUUCGCUGAUAUUUUGGCGCCAGCGGCUACAAAAACUCCCCAGACUGGAAACUCCAACAGAAGGCAUUUGUAAAUUGUUGGGAAACUUCAAAGCUAAUUGGAAGAUGUUUGAAUGAGACGUCUGAUUUACUUGAAAAGUUGUUUUCAUAUCUAAGCCCUUAAAGAAAAUAAGCUGUUGAACAAUUUUAAUUAAUCGUUAUUUUUCAUGUUUUUAUUUUUACAUUUGAUUUCCUGUCAGGGUUACUGAAUGUUGAAGGUGAACUUUGUUUUUGUUAUUUUGAGAUUAACGAUUUAAAUUGGACAUUUGUCAGGUGUUCACGGGAGCCAGAAGCCCAGAGAGACAUUUCAGCCAAUCAGAAACAUCCUCCUGCGUUUGUUUGGUACCAGUAACAUCGGUUCAUUGUGAGAACAACAACAUUUAAAUGUCUGGUGUAAAUUUUAUCUUUUCUAAUCAGAUUAGUCACGAUUAAUUAAGGUCUGGCAUGAAUUGUUCUUAAUCACGAUUAAUCUAAUGUUUGUCCCUCACGGCUCCCCGUAGUCACGUUGACGGAAAAGGACACUGCUGCUUUUCUACUACUUAAUUUCAAAAUAAAAGCACUGUUGAAUUCAAACAGCAAGUAAAGUACUCUCAGAUUAAGACAGUACAAACCUUCAAAAUAAAAGCCUAAAUAUGAAAUAAUGGAUUUCAAACAUUCGAUUAACUGUAGAAACUUUACGAUUAAUCGUGAUGUUAAAUGUUUGGACAGUCUGAGUUUGAGUCCUUAAAUCUGAAUGAGGAUAACAUCUUAAGUCCGGUUCUCCUGCGGUCCGCCGUCUCGCUCUGUUCGUUUUGAUUUCAGUCACUAUGCACUCGAGUUUGUUGGUUUUUAUGCAAAUUAAUCUUCAGUCCGUUGAGUCUGUUUGAUUUUUCCCCGAGGUGAGGUUAUCUAUGCACCGCUGAAAGGUGUAAACAUUACGCCUACACUUUAUGUGAUACAGAGAAUAUCGUCUCUGCUAACCUAAACAUCUUCCACCGUACACCUGAGGGGUUUACCACCACAGAGGGGCGCUGGCAAUGGAGACUGAAGCUGCAGAAUACAUUUCUUUCUUUCUGACUGACAUCUGAAGGCCCAAAGAACAGACGUCACGAAUCCCUCUGUCCCACCUGUCUGAGGCACUUGCUGGCAUAGCCGCUGUGAAUAACUCUGAAUCAACCUGAAGUCAGAGUGUAGCUCUCUCUCUCAACCUGGCUCGAUCACCAUGGUGACCAACUCUUAACCAGGUCAGGCCCGGGUUAUAGUUAGAGCAGAGGAAGCAGGAAGUGACUCCUGGCGGCGCCCUCUGUGUCUCAUACGAUAGUAAUGACCUUCAUAAAACUAAGGAGUGGCGUCUCAAAGAUCUGAAACUCCACUUAGAUGGAAAUGUGGCAAAUGUAACUGCGGCUCGCCGUACGCCUUCCCUCCAUCAAAUCAGAGUGAAGAAGGAAACUCUAAGAAGCACUGACUUGUCUCGGUCGCUCUCAUCCUCGUGUCGUGUUUUUUUUUGUUGUUUUUUUUUAUCUGGGGAAUGCGACUGGAAAUCAAGCUGGGACGUCGCUCCGCCUCGCUGUGAUUGGCUGACGUGAUGCUGUAAACAUUCCUUGUCUUUUUUUUUAAUGUUCUGUGGCCAAUCGAAUGCGUGUUACUAACCGCUCGUCCAAAUGGCGCUUGUCUUGUUAAACAUGGAGUUUGUUUUUCAUUUCCACCCCAACUUCCUGUAACCUCCUGUGACAUCACAGAUCAGUGAUGAGGGGCGUGUUCAUGUUUAUAAGUCAACUCUGUUAAAGGUUUGUGACUCACUGAGGUCAAAGGUCAACGCCUGAUUCAUGGCUGAGGUUGGUCAUCGAUCAGUGAAACACGCCCCUUUCAUGUUUCGUGGUCAUGUCUGACGGCGUUACGGUGCUUCUGUCUGUCGGCGGGGGUUUUGAGGUAUCUGAAAUGAAGCACUUGUUCUGAAUCAACGGUGAGGAACUUCUGUUUAUGUUUUUAACAGCUGUUUAUUUUCUUCUCUCUCUUCCACAUCUGUCUUCGUUUUCCUGUUUUCAGUGACGAGCAUUGUUUUUAUAUUUCUGUGAUGAUGAUUUUGUUUAUUGUUUAUAUUUCUGUGAUGUUGUUUUUAUUUGCCAUCAGUCCAGGUCGAUGAGAAGCUGUUAUAUUUUGUUUAUAAAAACGUGGGUAAACAGGCCUUUGUAAAGAUAACAAAAAUAAAUUUGUACUUUUUUUAUUACA